AUGGGUUAUGCUCCUCAGCGACACCAUCUGCGUAACCAUCAGCACGGCGCACUACGGCCUAGGCCGCCACAUCUAUACCGUCCCGCUCGAGUACUUCCCCAGCUAUCCCUACUCGGCAACUUCGCCGCAACUUUUGCUCUGCUCGGCGUGAUGGCAUCCAAGACGUCCUUUGCCGUCACCAUCCUCCGCCUGACGACCGAAUGGACCCGCGCGCUCGUCUGGUCCACCAUCAUCGCCAUCAAUGCUCUAACCUCCGUCUCCGUCAUCAUGACGUGGAUUCCGUGUGAUCCCAGGCGCGCUAGCACGGUUUGCGUCCCCGUUUCCGUCUAUGUCAACUACAGCAUCUUCGCGGGCGCCUUCUCCGGCGCAAUCGACCUGGGGUUGGCGCUGCUGCCGUGGUACCUGAUUUGGGAUAUGAACAUCAACAUCCGGGAGAAGCUAGGCAUUGGCGUGGCCAUGAGCUUAGGUGUUUGCGCCUGUGCUACGGCUAUAUUGAAAUGCGUCGCUCUCCCAACCAUUGCCCGGGGUGAUUACACAUCCGACCAUACCCCCGCCCUCGACCUUGAUUGGGCCGUCGGAUUCCCAGACAAGCUGCCGCUGCAAGGUCCUCUACCUGAUGGCGUGGAAGAAGACCCGUUCCGCCUUCGAGUCCGGCGGAGCCACGAGAGAGUCGACGCAAGGGGAAAUUCUACCACCAUGUCGCGCCGCGCGAGUGAGGACCCCGUCAUCAGCAGACGAAACCGCGAAUCGGGAGCGAGGGGAGCGGAAGCCCAGGCAGCGUCUUCGGACGGAUGGCGUGAGGAGUCGGGUAAGAUUGGGGGAAAGGACGGAGAGGCGACCGUGACAAUGAGCGAACGUAGGGAAAACGACAGCGACGGAUACGAAAUGGACGACAUACGACACAUGGUUUGA